AUGGUUUUGCCUGCAUCGCUAGACGCGGCGAGGGUGCCCGUGAGCGCAGAUUUAAAGACAGAACGGAUGGCAAAGGUGCAGAAGGGAUUCUUUUCGAGCAUCUUUUCGCGCCCACCCAAGCGGUCUCCCAAACCUGUGAUAGGGCGGCCCAGAGCACUAGGUGCAUUCUCGCAUACUCCAAGCGAGCCACUGGCACCUACACACGACUUAUCACGGGUACAAUCCGCUCCACAGGCCCUGACGUUGAAUUUUCCUCAGCGCAGAGUUAGCGCUAUGUCCGAAGUUCCUCGGUUCAAGUCCAUCAAAGACAAUCUGCAUGAACUUGGGCUCACGACUCCUGUUGUCCUUAAGCAACCUCAAGUUGCGGGCAGUGAAACAGUUUUGUCGCAGUUAGACAGGGCAGCAUCUCCUCGGGCGGACAUGUUCUUCCAACGCUCGCUAUCGUGCAAUGCGCGUCGCACCGAGUCUAUGUCAAGGCACGAGUCGUCUCGAAGAAAUACACUUGUGGCAUCAGAUCACGCCAUCAACAUCGAGCUGCCAAUUCUGAAUAUCACCUCCGCCGAUGUACAGUUCGCCUCAUCACCCCUCUCAGCAAUAACCAGUUGUCCGAACAGUGGUCAGGCUAGUCAGGUGGAUCUAGUCGAGAAGAUCACAAUUCCCGUAUCUACUGCUCCCGAUAAGGCCCCGCCGUCUGCCCCAAGUGGUAGUAACACUUCAAAUAGAGAGCCACCUAUCCCAUCGUCCCCAUCGGUAGCAAGUCGCUCUUCUACUUCCCAGUCAAAACAAAGUCGCACCCCUUCAUCUACUUUUCUGGGAAGGCCUCGGACAGCCCCCGGUGGCUCAAGCGAGCUGAACAGGCGAACUUCUGUUGCCUCCGGGCGCCCUCAGCGUCAUGUACCUAGAGAGCCAGUUUCCUUGUUUCCUGUAGACGAGGGAUUUUUUGGUCGUCCCAAAGUACCCCCACCACUCAAGGUCAUUCCGAAGAAGGUCAAAAAGCACCAGCGAACACAAACUCUCGCUGCCUCCCCCCCACCCGCAACCAUAACUCAUGAGCGACCUCUUACGCGAGCGUUAUCCACACGCUCCCACACAACACAUCAGAUGCCAGCUUGGCAGGCGCCGGCUAGUGAGCCGGAAGGAUUGUCCUCCAUACCCAACAUUUUGACGUCCGAUAAAUCCGCGAUCCUCACUCAGAGAUCCUCUGCUCUCUCACAUAGCAGCAGAUCCGCGGGCCCCGAUCCACGUCCGGUCCCGUCAGAUAGUGAACUUGAACUUGCACCACCAUCACCCUCACGCACGCAAGCUCCUAAUAAACGCUCAUUAUCACGAAUCAACACACAAACGGCAGUUGCUUCGCAUCGAACCCAGUUCUCAACCACCUCAGCGCCUGAGUUACCCCGUGCGAAAUGGAUGUGGACUCCUCCCUCAAGCUGGUCGGGUCCUUCCUCGGCUGUUUCCUCUGAAAGCGGGGAUAGUUCGCACAGUAGCAAGAAGAUGUUCCCCUCAAUGGGUCGCUUCCGUAGACCGAAGAGCUCAUCUCGGUCUCUUGCCUCGACAUCCAAGUCUUUCUACUCAUCUCCAAACACCUCAUCGCCAACUCUUAGCCCGUCCGCCACAACAAAAUGUGAAAAGGGGCGUGUGCCUCCAAUAGCAGAAGACAAAAGUGACAGUACCGGUGUCAUCGUCAACAUCCAGGGACACGAAGGUGACUGGGAGGCGGCGGCGCUCCAGGAUGUCAUUCCUCGCCUGAGGGAAAUGAAGAGUUCCGCUCUAUCGAUUCUUUGA